AUGAGUCUUGUCUCGGGCUUCCCUCACCACCCGGUCAUGCACCACCACGACAGCCACCACUAUUCGCUGCAUGCGGCGGCGGCCGGUCGGUGUCACGAAGACACCGGUGCUCCACCAUACUUCACAAGCUGGUUGAUAAGUCACGCGGAUAUGUCACCUACAGAGUAUAGCCUUGCGCCCGGCUACAGCCCGGAGUACCAUGGCAACAGCGGCAGUGGGUCAACCGUCGGACUGGACCCACACCAUCACCACUACUAUGGCCCUGGAGGAUUAGUUCCAGGACCCGGCACCAUCUCGAUGAACGGAACCACCGUCGGUAUGCACCAUCAUCACCACACUCAUCCUCGGACCGUGAAGCGAAGACCAACGGCCAAUCGCAAGGAAAGGCGGCGGACCCAGAGCAUUAACUCAGCUUUUGCGGAGCUGAGGGAAUGUAUCCCUAACGUCCCGGCCGACACCAAGCUGUCCAAGAUCAAGACGCUGCGCUUGGCCACCAGCUACAUCUCUUACUUAAUGGACAUCCUAGACAAGGACGAACAACACGGAGACACUCAGGCUUUCAAGGCCGAGCUAAAAAAGACGGAGGCUCGGGAAGAGCGGCGGAAAAGAGAGGCGGUGGAGAUCUCGAAGACUUCGUCCUCCAACUCCUCGUCGUCCUCCUCGUCAGCGGGCGAUAAGAAAAGUAAGGGUCGGACGGGAUGGCCUCAGCAUGUCUGGGCUCUGGAACUGAAACAGUAG